AGCCAUCCCCUCCGUAACUCAGUUGUCUUCCUCUGCAGCUGUUUUCCCAUAUCUUCUGCAUGGACUCCCAUGGCUACUCCUUCCCCUUCCUCUCUCUGAAGAUCCUUAUACUUGUAAAUUGUAUAGAUGCAAACCCUUAUAUCCCUAUGUCCCUUCCUCCCCUCCACGCCCUUCACCGUGAAUCCACUCUUUUUGCACUGGGAUCUUCACUAAGAUCCAAGAUCUUAACCAGUUCUACUUUUGUUGAAACCAGUUCCAUCCUUCAGAUACCUGGGAAUCUUGAAGAUUUUUUUUAUUUGUUACAUAAAUAAUUGAUUGAGCUGUGAAUAGUUGAGCUGUGGUGGAUCAUUCAAUGGGGACUGCUAAUUCUAGGAUUGAAGAAGAUAAAGCCUUACAGAUUUGCCGGGAUAGGAAAAAGAUUGUUAGACAAGCACUUGAUGGGAGGUGUUCUUUGGCAGCAACUCAUGUUGCUUAUAUAGAGGCAUUGAAAAUGGCUGGAAGGGCUUUGAGGAAUUUCGUUGAGUCCGAAGCUCCAAUAGAUUCUUCAAUCUAUACCCAAUCUGAAAGAUCCCUUUCGCAAUUCUCAUUCUCUUCGGUGCCUAAAUCACACCACGUUGAUGUCUUUCCAUCCCCUUCGCCUCCAACCUCUUCAAGGUACAAUGCAAACCACAUGAAAUUUAGAGGCACCUUUUCCAAGGAAGUUGAGGAGAAACCCGAUGUUUCGGUCACUGCCUCGGUUACAUCAUUCACUCCUCACAACUCCUUACUUUUGGAUACCCCUCCCACCUCCUAUGAAACCCCUUCAGCCGCUAAUGAAACCCCUCCUUGGGAUUUUUUUGGUCUCGGCCACACAUCUCAUGGAACUCUUGGCGGGCAGAGUAAGGCAGAGGACAAUAGAGGUUCUCUAUCAGAAGAUGAACAGUACAGCAACGGUUCAUCUCCGGAAAUAGAAUCAUCACAUGAAUCUAAUGAUGGAUUUGACGAUCCAUCUACAGAGACACUAGUUCAGAGGUUUGUUAAUGUUAACAGGAGCAAGGAGGAUGCCUCUGCUGAUGAGUCUGUGAUGUUGGAGGCAAAAGCUAUGGUUGGGGAGAAAGGCAAUGCCCCUGCUGAAUUGUCACCGUUGAGACCUGAGUUUUCAGGAGUUGCCCCUGCUGUUAAAGAUGACGAAAAGACACCACUGAAAGAAAACAAUGUUGAGCAUAAGGUUGCACCUAAGGAUUUAUUUUCUAGCAUGCGAGAUAUUGAGCUUCUCUUCAUAAAAGCAUCAGAAUCAGGAAGGGAAGUUCCAUUGAUGCUGGAAGCAAAUAAAUUUAAUUUUCGUCCUAUUGGUCCUAGUUCUGGAAGAGGUUCGAUUGCCAAGACACUGUUAAGAUCUUGUUUCUCUUGCGGUACGGAUCCAAGCCAAGCUCCAGUAGAGCAAGAAGAGGCAGCUCAAAUUUCCCCCAAGUACAUGAGAUGGCAUCGAACAACAUCAAUUUCUUCUUCAUCCAGAAACCUCCUAGGCGUGAACUCAACUGAUCAAACUGAUGAAUACGCAAACAAUCUCUUCACUAACUCCUGUAUGAACUCAGGAAGUCUUGCCUCAACCUUAGACCGACUACAUGCUUGGGAGAAAAAACUAUAUGAUGAAGUCAAGGCUUGUGAGAUUCUUAGAUGUGAAUAUGAUGCAAAACGAAAGCUGCUUAGACAGAUAGAAUCUUUGGGGGAAAGUCAACAGAAAAUUGAUAAAAAAAGAGCAGCUGUUAAGGAUCUGCAUUCAAGAAUCGGUGUUGCAAUUCAUAGAAUAAACUCCAUCUCGAGGAAAAUUGAAGAAUUAAGAGAUGAUGAACUACAACCUCAGUUAGAGGAGUUGAUUGAAGGAUUAAGGAAGAUGUGGGAGGGAAUGCUCAAUUGCCACGCGAUUCAGCUCCACAUAAUUUCAAUAGCACAUUUACCCGGAAACAUAAAGCUAUCCAUAAAUUCAGAGUCUCACCGGCAAAUCACCAUCCAUCUUGAGAAUGAGAUGAUAUCCCUAUCUUCAACCUUUACAAAGUGGGUUGCUGCUCAAAUGGCUUACGUGAAAGCUAUAAACACGUGGCUCACGAAGUGCGUUUCCCUGAAAGAGCGAUCAUCCAAGAGGAAAAAAAUCCCCCAAGAAUCAAAGCUCAGAGAGUUUGGCCCACCUAUAUACACGAUAUGUAGUGCCUGGUUGGACAUGCUCCGUGUUUUGCCUGCAAAGGAAGUUGCGGACGCUAUGAAGGAUUUAGCAGCAGAAGCCACUCCUUUCUUGCCGCGACAAGAGAAAAGCAAAGGAGGGAAGGGAGAUGAGGCUGUGGAUGACUUGGUUGUAGAUUAUGAUCAAUUCCGUACAAGCACGGCUCUCUUCCUUAGUAAGUUAAAUAAUUUUGCUGAAUCUUCUGUUACCAUGUACACCAAGCUGCAAUGUUCUGUCCAAGAAUCAAAAAAGAAGUACGCUCAGGUGAAGCCCGCGGACCAAGAACAUUCUUUUUUACCACACAUAUAAUGAUAUACUCCCUAUAUAUAAUAGUUACAUUAAACCAGCAACCAAGGGAUGGUGGGAUCUGUACAUGGGAUAAAAUAAAAUGAGGUAAAUUCAUCUGAUUUCUGUAAAGAUUGGUUUGGGAGACAAAGGGAGAUGAACUGGUAUAGUCAUUUUAAACUGUAUAGAGAUGAACUUUAUAGGAUUUAUCAAUAAGCAAAAGAUGAAAAGAGUUCAUAGUAUUAUGCAGAGUUUAUU